UUUCCUGGCUGUGUGUGUACUGUAUGCCAGUUCGCCAGCGAGACCACGGUACAGUACAGUACAUCUAGUUACAGUUAGCAGAUCCACAUAGAAUUGAUGUAUGUAGACUGACGCAUACGUUGAGCAGGCACCGGUUCCUUCCUGAAUCAGACAACUGGGACCAACCAUGGACCUAUUCGAGUUUGACUUCUUUAGGGACUGGGAACUGGAGCAACAGUGUCAUUACGAGCAGGACCGCAGUGCGCUCAAGAAGAGGGAAUGGGAGCGGCGGACUCAGGAGGUGCAACAGGACGAAGAUCUCUUCUCCUCCGGGUUUAAUCUAUUCGGGGAGCCGUACAAGACAGAAGCAACCAGUCUAUCCACUUUGGGGGGGACCAACAACCUAAACAAGACCAACAAAGGUGAUGCCCUGGCCAACCGGGUACAGAACACUCUGGGGAACUACGAUGAGAUGAAGGAGCUCCUGACCAGCCACUCCAACCAGAGCCACCUGGUGGGGAUCCCCAAGAACUCUGUUCCCCAGACCCCUGGCCCCAGCUUCUUCACCGAGGGGGCCCAGAGGACAAGCAACAGGACGGGCACGGGGCACAAUACCACCUCCAUGCCCCCUCCGCCCUCCUCUUCAUCCCUGACCAGCUCCACCCGGCUGAGCGGCCAUCAGAGCUCCAAGAAGUCCCGCUCCUCCGACUGGUUGCAGGGAGCCCACUGCUCCAGCAGCACCAGCACCCAAGAGGUGGGGGGGCAGGUAGUGGGGGUACCAACCAGCAGCAGGGGGAAACACUUGUCAACCCAUGAGCAGCAGCAACAGCAACCCCAGAGACACGAGGAGCUGUUCAGCUCACAGGGCGACGUCGUGGGCCACAAGGGAGACUCCAGCAGCAGCCCCAACUCCUCCACCUCCAGGAGGCAUGGCGCUGGGCAGCAGCAGGUCCCUUCGGCGGCUGAGCAUGGCGGAUACAAGGACAGCAACAAUCAUGUUAAGUCUCCCUUGGAGCAGGAGCCGGGCUCCCACGGGUCCAGUUCCCCCGUGGCCUCCACCUCCCUGCUGCCCAGCGGCCUUUCCACGCCAACCUUCCCCCAGGGCCUGCACGUCAAGCCCAGCGCCGUGCAGCAGCAGAAGCCCACGGCCUACGUUCGGCCCAUGGAUGGCCAGGACCAGGUGCCCCUGGAUUCCCCGGAACUCAAACCUCCUCUGGAAGUGGGGGACAUGGGCUACAGCAACCUAGCCUUUGGCAGCACCACCACCAGCUCCAAGAGCAAGCUGCCUAAGCUGACCCUGACACAGACUGGGGAGGUCAGCCUGUCCAGUGACUCCAGCUGUGUGGAGGAGAUUCUACGGGAGAUGACCCACUCCUGGCCUCCCCCCCUGACUGCCAUCCACACUCCAGGCAAAGCUGAGCAGACCAAGUUCCCUAUUCCCUCCAAGGAGUCACAACACUUACCCUCAGGAUACGCUGGACAAAAGCGGUGCAAUGUUCCCGGUAACAAGCCUGCAACCAAGUCUGUACCACAGAAGUCAAUGCUUGAGGAUGACCUGAAGAUCAGCAGUGACGAAGAGGACACUGAUCAACAGGCAGCAGAGAAGCCCAAGCCCAGAAGUACACCUCUCAGCAUCCCUGUGGCCACGUCUCGGACCACUGACCCGGGCCUCUCCAGCGGUGCCUCGGGCAGCUCCAGCGAAUCAGAGAGCAGCUCCGAGUCAGACUCCGAUAGCGAGAGCAGCUCCAGUGACAGCGAGUGUAACGGGGCCUCCCGGACCGCCACCCCAGAGCCUGAACCUCCAUCAACAAACAAAUGGCAGCUGGAUAAGUGGCUGAACAAAGUGACCCCACACAACAAAGCACUUAUCAAUACCCAGCCAGAGAGAGAGAGCCAUGGGCUCAGCAGCUCCCAGACUGACCACAGCCAACAGGCCCCUGAGGGCCAGGGCCCGGACCCAGGGAAGAGCAAGCCUGGCCCCGCCGCCCUGCUGGCCCCGACAGACCCCAAGGAACGGGCCCUCCUCAGCCCCAUCAGAGAGAAGACCAAGCCUAAGACUGGACCAAAAGUCUCAGAGGGCAAGGGUUCAAAGGUCAAAUCCCCAGCCGUGGUGGCGGUGGAGCCAGCCCCAGCCAGGCGCAGCUUGGGGAAGAAACAGCCGAAGAAAGUGGAGCGCUCGUCCAGCCUGGAGGAACACACCUCCUGGUCCAAGCCCAUCAACCCCACCAUCAGCACUACUUCCAAGGAGAAGGACCCUCCAUCCCUCCUGGAGCAGCCCAAGUCCAGGAUCAAGAGCACCAGUGGGAAGACUGCCCCUAGGAAGGAGCCUCGCACCACCACUACAAUUACUCCAGCUCCUCCUCCACUGGCCCCAGUCCUGGAAAAGAAGAAGCAUAGGGGGCCCAGCAAGAUCAUCCCCAAGUCCAAGGAGUUCAUCGAGACGGAGUCUUCGUCAUCUGAGUGCCACUCUGAACCAGAGGAGCUGGUCAAGAUCCAUAACCCUCCCUGUCCAGGACCCAGCAGUCUGCAGACUCUCAAAGCAGCCAAGGACUGCAACAGCAAUAUCCUGACUGUCAGUAGCCUUACCAGCACCUGCAGCUCUUCCAUAUCCAUCCCAGACCCUGGGGCCAUGGACCUCCUAGGGGACCCCCUCUUCUCCUCCGUCCCCAUUGUCCAGAACAAACUGCUGUCCCCUCUCAGGGACUUUGAGGACAUCAAGUCACUGUGGGUGAAGAUCGAGCUGAGCUUCCUGUCUAAGAUUCCAAGGCAGGACCCCCCUGAGCCCCCUUCUGUGAAAGUUGAGCCCCGGGAACCACUUGAACCCAGCAUUAAGCACAGACGACAGUCCCCCGUCAGUCUUCAGUCUACCCCUGUUGAGAAACCACCUAGCAAGGCCAAGAGGAAACACAAGAUGGACCAUUGUGAUGCUGUCGGAGGAAGCAAGAAGUUGCGGUUGGAGAAAGACUCCUUGCUUCUUCCCCCAUGCAUCUCACCGAUACACAACCACAAGAACAUUAGCACAAAAGACUCUCUGAGGAAACAGCCCAGGAAGAGAGAGGAGAAGCGAGAGCUGCUGCCUCCCCUGCUUUCUCCGCUCUCCGACGAACCCCCUAUACGCCAGCGCAGGACCAGCGAGUGUUCCUCCUUCAGCCAGGAGGGUGGUGCUAGCAGCUCCACCAGCACCUUAUUGCUACCCACCCUCAGCUGCUCUCUGCCCAACUUCUCCUCCUCAUCCUCCACUUCCUCACACAAGCACCGCAGCAAAGGAGAGAGCAAAUCCUUCUCACGUUCCAAGACAAGCAGUGAGGAAGAUACCCAUAGCAAGCCGUCUGGCAGUUUCCAUGGCAACGGUCAGUCCGAUUCUGACGUUUGGUCCAACCCGUCAUCUCUGUCCAUGGACCACAUGGAGCCUAGAAGGCCCAAGCUAACGUUCAAUAACACAGUUCACAACGCAGACUACUGCAUGCAAGAAGCCAAGAAACUGAAGCACAAAGCAGAUGCACUGAUGGAGAAGUUUGGCAAAGCCAUUAACUACGCUGAUGGGGCGCUGUCGUUCAUCGAGUGUGGCAACGCCAUGGAGCGGGAUCCGCUGGAGGCCAAGUCUCCAUACACUAUGUACUCUGAGACGGUUGAACUCAUCAGGUAUGCCAUGAGGUUAAAGAACUUUACAAGUCACUCAGCAACUGUAGCCGAGAAGAAAUUAGCUGUGUUGUGCAAUCGCUGUUUAUCCCUCCUGUACUUGAGAAUGUUCAAAUUGAAGAAGGACCAUGCAGUAAAGUAUUCCCGUUCCCUAAUGGAGUAUUUCAAGAAAAGUUCCCAAGCACCUUCGCCAUGGGGAGCCAAUGGAAAGAGCACAGGCACCCCCUCGCCCCUGUCUCUGAGUCCCUCCCCAGUUAGUUCGGUGAGCAGCAGUACGGGCCCUGGCCUUGUGGGCUCCUGUCCCUCAGGUGCCUCCAGCAACGUGGCCAUCCCCCAGCGCAUCCAUCAUAUGGCCGCUAGCCACGUCAACAUCACCAACAACAUCCUCCGCAGCUACGAGCACUGGGACACGGCAGAGAAGCUCGCCACAGAGAGCCAAGAGUUCUUUCAGGAGCUGGACUCGACGAUGGAACCAUUGAGCCAACACAGCAGCAUGACAGAACUGGUGCGCUACAUACGCCAAGGACUGCACUGGCUACGGAUAGAGGCCCACAUGUUAUAGUGCUGCUGGAACUAGAACUGAACUGUCUGCCACUGUAUGUCUGUCUGUCUGUCUCACACAUCCAUCACUACCUCUACCAGCCAGCAACCCUCAGCAACCCCCAGUCUCCAUCCAUCUGACUCCAGCCCCAAGGGCCCCCACCACACUCUGCCAGCCAGAAAGCCCCACUGACUGUCAACUCUUAGUGGUCAGAGGUCAUCAUGAUGAGGUCAUCAUCAGCUCUACUGCACAGUCUGUCUCUCUGCUCCCUCAAUACAAAGUUGACAUUUCUGUUGGCUGUGGAAAGAAAAUAGUGAAAUCCAAACCCCAAAGUGAAUGGAAGGACAGUCCCACCUAAGACCUGGGGAUUGUCUCCAAAGCAUGCCAAUAGAAGAGAAGGAUCUGUGUGGAGAAGUAUGGUGAUUGUUUUGGUUGUUUUCUGACAGAUCGAGCCAUGUGAUUUCCCUGUUGUUGUUUUGAUCACCACUAAAGGUCCUCUCAGAACGCCUGGAGCGUUGUUCACAGUUCACACCUCCAUUCCAACAGGCAGAUUUCUCAUGAAGUUAUAAGUGGUAUCAACUAUUUUUAUUGUUUUGUUUUUGUCAAUGCCUUGAUGAACUGGCCGACAGAAGCCAGUUGGAAAAGUAUCUCUUUACUACUAUCUGAUAGUGGUGUUUAUUUAUGAUCCAUCAAACCUCAGUCUCACGUCAGAUAAUAAAGACAGCAACAGUUCGUCAAUGUCUACCCAUAAGUCCCAGUGGAACAACAAAUCAUUUGAAAUAAUUCCAUGACUUGUUGCUCAUUGGAAAUGAACAACAAAUAAUCAAAUUCAAUCUGCCACCUCAAGCAAUUUCUCUAGUUGUGGGGGGAUUUGCAUAAUAAUGUAGUCAAUUAAAGCAGAUCUGAUAACAACUGAUCUGGAUCGUGUCUUUUAGCCCUAGAGGUUGGUGGUAUCUAUGUGUUUUUUGUUUGUUUGUUGGGUUGAUGUCAUUUUUGUACCUACAGUAAUAAGAGGCCGGAUUUAUUCCAAAGCAGCACUGAUUUUCCGUGAGUCUAAGGGAACGGGGAAGACAAAGUGAUGCACCACAUGAGACUGUGUUUAAAUCCAUAUGAAUUGUGUAAUCACUGUUACAGCACCACCACAAACAGUGUCCGCCACAAUGGGUCCAGUAACGCUACAGAGGACCUUUACAUUGUCUUUUCGAUGUCUACAAUAACUGCUGUGUUGUAUAUCGCAACUCUUUUGGUAUUAAAUGUUGGUUCAGUUGUGCAUGUCCACAGAGAGGUGUAGAGUUUUCAAGCAUUAUCCAUAGUAACACUUCUUACGUGUUAUGUGCAUAGUUGUACAUUUGAUCGUCCUAGAUUUCAACUUGGCUUGAUGGACAUACUGUAUGCCAUCUAUAUGAGAUACAGGCAGUUUUCCUAAGGAGGAAGUUUGAUGGUUGGUUUGUUGUUUGUUUUUAUUUGGAUGUGAUGUGAGAGAAUGAACUGAAGCGAAGUGUGUGUUUUGCACUGUGCAGAGAUGAUUUGGGGAUGGAUUCUCUAUUGCUGGGUGUCAAUUCCAAAUUGUUCUCUCUAUAGCACAGUCCAUACAGUGUGUUUCAGUAGACCAUAUCUCCAUGGCUAUGUGUGAAAUAUGAUUUUCACUAUGAUAAAACAAAGUGCCUCCGUAUCCGGUGAAAAUUAUUAAGAGUCUAUAUUGAAGAACAAGAAUGAAUCUAAAUGAUUUUUCCAUACCAUAUUGGUAUAUUAGAUUUUUUCAUAAAACCACAAUUUAUUCAUGUACUUUUUACUGGCAAGUAUGAUACCAAGUUUGGCUUUAAAAUUGCAAAUGUGUGACUUAAAUGUAUCAAAUUUUUAACUCAGUUACUGUUUAGAGGAUGCUGAACAGGAUGUUCAAAACCGCUUAAACAUGUAAAUGCUUAAUGUGACUUACUGUGAUCACCUAGAAUCAAUAGAUUAACACUCCAACCCAUUUACAGCAAUAGCUGGAUGAUAGCGCUAAUUGUGUUUAUUAUCUUGUUACUUAGAACAAGAGCAGAAUCAAGAGACAAAUGCACUUAAUUCACGUUCAGUGUUUCUGGCAUUUAGAAUGAUGUUUGGAGUUUUUAUCACUUGAUUUUAGGCCAAAUUAAAGUGUUUUGGAAUGUCACAAGAAAAGACUGAACAAAUUAUUGAUAAAACAAAAAUCACUUGAUGUUGAUCCAUUAACUGUCUUAUUUAGAUUUAAUGUCAUUCAGUGUUGUUUUAUGGAACAGUGUUGUAGCCUACAUGCUAUUGUAACCUCACAAACAGUGCUCAUUCGAUUCCAAAUCUAUUUUAAAUCUGUAGGAUGCCACACCAUAUGGUAAUAGCAAUAUCUACACCAGUCUUAAUGUAACUAAAUGAAUUGAGAAAUAUGAAAGCGAACCUAACAACUUAAACUUUCUUUGUACUGUAUCUGAAGUGCAUUUUUUCAUUUUGCCUUUUGCAACAACUUGUGAUAAUAAUCUCAUAACUAUCAGUCAAUGUUGAGUUGGGGGAAAAUGAAGCAUGUGCAUAAUUUUUUAUGCAAAUGAUCCCAUUUUCUCCUCCAGUCCAAAUUAGCCAACUGUCUUUGCCCCUAUGAGGGAAGCAGUUUGUACACUUCCAGUGGCUUUUCCCAGCUGUUCCUAUUCACGCUAGAGACAGGCCAUUCUGUCAGGGAAAUCUGUGGCCCUUUGGCAGCUAGUCAAAAGCACCAAGCAGCACUGGCUCUCUGUUCUCUCUCUCUUUCUCCCUUCCCUCUCUCCCUCUCUCUCUCUCAUCCAUCAUCUGAUAUAAACAACCAGCUCCAUACUCAGCCCCAGUCUGGCACCGAAGAGGAGCAGCUAAUGUUUUGCAUUCAUUCCACAAUGAGGAAAGGCUGAAUCAAAUUGGCUUAUGCCUACCAGGGAGAACAGAAUCAGUUUUUGUUUUAAAUAUGCGGUUUUAUGUCUAAAACAAGGAAAUCGUGAAACGUUGAAUGAGGUGCCAUCUGGACUGGCAGUGUUUACAAGCCAAUUUAUGGUGUGACCUAGUCUUUUGUUUGGUAAAACCAGGUGAUGAUGAUAACAUAUCAGGAAGGAAUUACUCAUUAAAUGAGUCCCUAAUUGGCUUGUUUUUAUAUUGCUGCUACUAAUGUUGAUAUUUCCUAGAUAGAUUUAUGAAUACAGGGAGUUUCAUUUUAAAAUGAAUACUUCUAGAGAAUUUUAUUGAAAAUAGCAUACAAAUCUGUGACGCAUUGCAGAGUUAACAAAAAUAUGUAAACUAUACUAGCUAGAGUAGGUGCAGUACGAAGUGCAGCUCACCUUCUGCGUCUUCUCAGUUUAAAGCCUGAACAGUAUUUAUUACUAUCAGGCACUACUUAAAAAGCAGAAUCAAUGAGAGUUAUGCCCUCAUGCAGUGUUAACGUUCAAAGGAUGUUUUCCUAGGUUCCCUACAGUUAACUCCAAUGCAAACACAUCAGGCUCAUCUAAGGUAGAGACAAGGAAGGGAUGUCAGCACAGUGGGAGUCAAAACCAACCAUUUCUGCUAUCAAACUCAUUAUUAUUAUUAUUAUUAUUAUUAUUAUACCUAGAAGAAAUCUGACAGACUAUCAACACAAUAUUAUUGUGUUACAAAUUGUUAUAUAUUUAUCAUGUUCUUAAUCAUAAUUUCUUCUUUUUUUUUAAACCUGCUUUUUUUUCCUGGAGUAAGUCAGUACAACACUAAGCCUUAUAGCUUGGCUGAAGUCUGUCAUUUUGGUGUUUUUGUUAUCUCUUGUUCAAUUGUUCCACUACAUUGAAAACAAGUAUUGGGAACAAUUAUCUCCGAUUAAAGGAAAAUUCCACACAAAAACUAUCUUUUGGUAUUUGUUUCAAUAGUACAUUGUUGUUAUAGUCCCAAAAGGUUUUGCUUGUCAGCAAUCAAGUUUUUUAAAGAUAUAUAACUUUAGAAAUAGAGUUUUACAGCCGGCAAAACGCGUUUUGCAUCACAUAAUGCAAAACGCAGCAUCAUAUAAUGGAAAAGGUUUUUGGGUGGAGUUUUCCUUUAACAUUGUCCCAACUGGAAGCAUUCUGAUCGCUCUGCAAAUGAAGCACUGUAAAUAACACGUAGGGAACACAAUGCACCGCACCAUGUUACUCAAUUAACGACCGUAUGACUCAAUGUUGAUUCAUAUUCAGUGAAUAUUGUGUCAUAUUUAAUAUGACUGAUACAACUUGGACCGGGUUCUCAUAACACAUGAACAUACCUAUUAGCGGAAUAAUUUAGUGUAAUUGGUUUGUAAUCUAAAUGGCUUGUGUCUGUGACAGCAAACCAUUGCCAGUCACUUGGUGUCACUAACAAUAGUGCAUGUUGACCUUCGGUCACCAGAAGUGGUGGUUAUGCAAAUUGAAGUCAACAGUUGGUAUAUGUAGCUUCAUUCGACUAUAUGUCAAACCCUUCAUUCAGCUUGUUGUUGUCUUAAAGCAGUAGCAGACAUGCGUUAGGGAAAAUGAAGAACAGUCAUCCAUAGAUCCCUUUGCUGUUUAUACCUGUACAGAAUGAUGAGGUGCUUUAUGGUUUAUGUCCUCCGGUGUAAAGGAUUGUACCAUAUGGAAUAUAUAUUACUUAUUUUGACUGCCCAAAGCUGACAAAAAUGCAUUGGAAAUCCAUUGCCUUGAUAUGAGUGUAUUGCUGACCAGUGACAUCUUACCACCCACUAACCUAUGAUCUUUAGGUAGUCUGUCCUGUGUGACCUUGGCAUUUCAGUCAAUCCAAUGUCACCUGGAGUGUCAUUUCUCUGUAUCCUCCUCCACUUUGUUUUGCAAAGAGAGACAACAAGAUUAUAUAAACUAAUGUACAGUUUCAGUCAACAACAGAAAAAAGGCAUUUACUUAUCAUGGCUGUGCUUCCUACUUGCUUAAAUAGAUGAACUACAAUUUACAGCCAUCUAUUAACCAAAUGGAAUACAUAUUUGAAGAAAAAUCAUGUGCUUUUGAUACAAUUGUAUUUCUGAAAGUAUUAUUAAAAUUCUGUAACAUUGUGAUGGACAAAUUUAUUGUGAAAGGUAGAGCAAUUUCCCAAAGAUCAGUUCCCUAUGUUCAAGCCUUAGAGAUAAAACUGCUCAUUUACUUUAACCAACAUGUUUUUCAGAUAUGGAACAAUCACUGUAAGUUCUGGAAACAUUUCAGUCAGAUCCAUUUUAACUGUGAAAUGCAGCAUUGUUACAUUAAUAUAAAUCCUUCACAGUGUUCUAAAAGCAAUUAAUUUAUAAAACAGUUAGCAAUGUGGAUAUCCAUAAAUUAGCCCAAUGACAUACUGUUCCUCAAGGCUCAAGCUUUAUAUAAUACUUAAAUGCUACCUAUUCCCUAAACGAUGUACAAUGUUGGUCAGACAUCAGGGAAGAACAGGGUUACCAUUCCAAGUAAAUAGCCUUUUCUCUCACUGACGUUUUGUCGACAGUUUAAAGAUGGACAAUGUUGUAUUUUCUCUCACUGACGUUUUGUCAACAGUUUAAAGAUGGACAAUGUUGUAAACAGAAAAUUCAAAGACAGAAGUUGUCUUAGUUCAGGCAUGCUGUAGUUUAUAGUUUGUUAUUUUUUGUACAGAGCAGGGUAACUGUUAUGCUAUGGAUUUAUUAACGUAUAGUUGUAAGGAUUCAUUAAAAAUGCGUUAUGUAUCAAAGAAACUUCCUGCCUGGUUAGCUUUGUAUUUCAAAUGUGUUGCACAAGUUCUGCCAUUUUUUAUUAUUAUUUUUGCCUAUUGUAUUUUAUAAUAAAAAUGUUUUAUGUAAUGAUCAAACAUUUAAAUGAUAGUUAUGUUGUUUUUAAAUGUUUAAUGUCUGAAAAAAAAAUUGAAUAAAAAUGGUAUGAACCGGUGAAA